CGCGGCCCCCGCAGAUGGUGUCGCCCGGGCCCUCCCCGCCACAGCCGCUUGCCUCAGGCCCAAUAUGGCGGCCGCCGCACGGAGGUUCCUGCCGGCUGCUAGCCGCUGCUGAGCGCGCGCCCGCUCCGCUCGCCGUCAAACCUGCCUUCCAGUAGGGGUUGGGAAGGGCCGCGGACGGUGCUGGGGGGAGGCCAAACCCAGCAGGAAACAAGAGGUCACAUCCGCUCAUAGUCCUCCACUCUGGCCCUCGGUGACCUGGAGAACCGAAGCCAUCAUUUAUGCCCACCUUCUAAUCAACUUUACAACUCCUUUGACUGUCGCAAAGCGUUUCUCUACCAAGAUUUAUAAAGAACUCUUCCUCUGAGUUGGUGUUUUCUUAUGCGACUGAAGUGCCAACAACUGUUACUGGACCAAAAAGAUGACAUCUAUUAUCAAACUGACUACCCUCUCUGGGGUUCAGGAAGAGUCUGCUCUGUGCUAUCUUCUCCAGGUUGAUGAGUUUAGGUUUUUAUUGGACUGUGGCUGGGAUGAACACUUCUCUAUGGAUAUUAUUGAUUCCCUGAGAAAACAUGUCCACCAGAUCGACGCGGUGCUCCUUUCUCACCCCGACCCCCUCCACCUUGGUGCCCUCCCAUUUGCCGUGGGGAAGCUGGGUCUGAACUGUGCAAUCUAUGCAACCAUUCCUGUUUAUAAAAUGGGGCAGAUGUUCAUGUAUGAUCUUUAUCAGUCUCGACACAAUACAGAAGACUUUACACUCUUUACGUUAGAUGACGUGGAUGCAGCCUUUGAUAAAAUACAGCAGCUAAAAUUCUCUCAGAUUGUGAAUUUAAAAGGUAAAGGACAUGGUUUGUCUAUCACACCUCUGCCCGCCGGUCAUAUGAUAGGUGGAACAAUAUGGAAAAUCGUCAAAGAUGGAGAAGAAGAAAUUGUUUAUGCUGUUGACUUCAACCACAAGAGGGAGAUCCACUUAAAUGGAUGCUCCCUGGAAAUGCUGAGCAGACCCUCUCUACUUAUCACAGAUUCAUUUAAUGCUACCUAUGUGCAGCCUAGAAGGAAGCAGAGAGAUGAGCAGCUUCUGACAAAUGUCCUGGAAACUCUUCGAGGUGACGGAAACGUGUUGAUAGCAGUGGACACCGCAGGCAGAGUUCUGGAGCUUGCUCAGCUUCUUGAUCAGAUUUGGAGAACCAAAGAUGCAGGGCUGGGUGUUUACUCGCUGGCACUCCUAAAUAAUGUCAGUUAUAACGUGGUGGAGUUCUCUAAGUCACAGGUAGAAUGGAUGAGUGAUAAGCUGAUGAGAUGUUUUGAAGAUAAGAGAAACAACCCAUUUCAGUUUCGCCAUCUCUCUCUGUGCCAUGGUCUUUCUGACUUAGCUCGAGUGCCAAGCCCCAAAGUUGUACUUGCCAGCCAGCCUGACCUGGAGUGUGGAUUCUCAAGGGACCUCUUUAUCCAGUGGUGUCAGGACCCUAAAAACUCAAUCAUUCUAACUUACAGAACAACUCCUGGGACUUUAGCACGUUUCUUGAUUGAUAAUCCUUCUGAGAAAGUUACAGAAAUAGAGUUGAGGAAACGUGUGAAGCUUGAAGGGAAAGAACUUGAGGAAUACUUAGAAAAAGAAAAACUGAAGAAAGAAGCUGCUAAGAAACUGGAGCAGUCAAAAGAGGCAGAUAUCGACUCCAGCGAUGAGAGUGAUGUUGAGGAAGACAUCGACCAGCCCUCAGCUCAUAAGACAAAGCACGAUCUGAUGAUGAAAGGUGAAGGCAGCCGGAAAGGAAGUUUCUUCAAACAGGCCAAAAAGUCUUACCCUAUGUUUCCUGCCCCAGAAGAAAGAAUUAAAUGGGAUGAAUAUGGAGAGAUUAUCAAACCAGAAGAUUUCUUAGUGCCAGAACUUCAAGCUACUGAAGAAGAAAAAAGCAAAUUAGAAUCUGGUUUGACAAACGGAGAAGAACCCAUGGACCAAGAUUUAUCUGAUGUUCCUACCAAGUGUAUUUCUGCAACAGAGUCUAUUGAAAUAAAAGCCAGGGUUACCUACAUAGACUAUGAAGGACGCUCUGAUGGAGAUUCCAUUAAAAAGAUCAUCAAUCAGAUGAAACCACGACAGCUGAUCAUUGUCCAUGGCCCGCCAGAGGCCAGUCAGGAUCUGGCAGAGUGCUGCCGCGCAUUUGGUGGGAAAGAUAUUAAAGUUUACAUGCCGAAGCUACAUGAAACAGUUGAUGCCACGAGUGAAACACAUAUCUACCAGGUGAGAUUAAAAGACUCACUUGUCAGCUCCCUUCAGUUUUGUAAAGCAAAAGAUGCUGAGUUAGCGUGGAUAGAUGGUGUCUUAGACAUGAGAGUUUCCAAAGUGGACACGGGAGUUAUUCUAGAAGAAGGAGAACUGAAGGAUGAUGGCGAAGACUCUGAAAUGCAAGCAGAUGCUCCUUCGGAUUCGAGUGUGAUAGCCCAGCAGAAGGCCAUGAAAAGUCUGUUUGGAGAUGAUGAGAAAGAACUGGGCGAAGAGAGUGAGAUCAUCCCGACCUUGGAGCCCUUGCCGCCUCAUGAGGUUCCUGGACAUCAGUCAGUUUUUAUGAAUGAACCAAGACUCUCUGACUUCAAGCAAGUUCUUUUGCGGGAGGGCAUUCAAGCAGAAUUUGUUGGAGGUGUACUUGUUUGCAAUAAUCAAGUAGCAGUUCGUAGAACGGAGACUGGACGCAUUGGCUUGGAAGGCUGCCUUUGUCAAGACUUUUAUAGAAUACGAGACCUUUUAUAUGAGCAGUAUGCCAUUGUGUAAAGGACAUGAUGUCAAGGAACAUCUGCUUGACCUUUCUUGGAAGAGAAGAUUCUCCGCUAAGCUUUUGCGAUUUUGUUUUGUAACAUACACAAAGAAUCUGCCAGAAAAAGUGAACCUGUAUUAGAUUUUGAAAAAUGUAAAUAGAGGGCUGCAGGUGUAGCUCAGUGGUAGAGCUCUUGCCUAGCAUGUGCAGGACCCUGGGUUUGGUUCCCUGUAUUGAAUAAAACGGGAAGAAAAUGUAAAUAGAACCUGUUUUGCUGAUGCUCAGUUUGAGCAUUCUACCCUGCAGAGUGGUAGAGACUCUGACAAGGAGACAGGCCACUUACCUGAGGGUGACCGGUCUCCUCUACCAAUUCCUGACUCUCUAAGGGCUUUGUUACUUGAAUGAAACAAUGCAACUUAGCAAACUAGUUCAUGGCCUUAGAGAAACAGGUUUGCAUGCAUUCUUGCAAACAGUUUCUUAUAUCUUCUUGAAUAAAGGAAAAUUAUUUAGGAAAGAUAUGCUAUACAAAAAAUAAAAACAAACAAAAAAUCAAAAACAACAAAGCUUGUGUGCUGUUCCUCCUCUUUUGAAUUCUGCUGUGCAGUUAUCUCCACAUGGAGCGAAUCUGCCCUAUGCCAACGUUUCCGUGUGGUGGGAGACACUACACGUUUAUUUUGGAAAUAAAUUUUUAUUUCUUGUUAAGAUUUUGUUGUUAUUCAGUUGGAAUUUUAACCUCAUCUUUUGAAUGUGUGUUAUCCAAAAGAAAGCAUUGAAGCUGAGUGUGGUAUGUAUACCUGUAAUCCAAUAAUUGGGAGGAUGAGCAGGAGCAUCGUGAGCUGGAGGCCAGCCUGAGCUACAUAGACCUUGUUGGAAAGCAGAAAAAAGAAAGCCUGACUUACUGUGAUCUUAGAGAGUCUGCAUAUAUUUUAUCUUAGCUAUUGGCCCAGUUACUGUAUUUGAAACUGUCCAGUGCUCUGUUUUUAAGAACACAAAUGUUGAACCUCACAUUUUCAUAAGGUAACAGUAUAAUUUAAUUAAAAAGUAUAAAUGUUUUCCUUUCUUAGGCUUGCUCUCUGAGUUUAUCUAGGCAAUGGUGGGGUUUUAUACUUGUUAACUACAAAAAUAAUACUAAAAUUGGGUAAUUGCCAUCCUGAUACAGAAUGAACUAAUCAUGUUCAAGAGUAGAAACUGAAAAUAUGCCAUUUCAUUAACUUAAACAGUGAAAAUCAUGUUGCCUGUUGUAAUCUGUAGAUGGGUCUUUUUUUUCAGACAGUAGCUUGAUCCUGGCAGACCUUGAUGCCUGUUUCUUAAAUAUUUAAGCCUUCCUCUGUACAUGUA